UUGUUUUGUCCUGCCUAUCAAAGGGGGUGUCCUGAAAGUUCAGAAAAGAGACUGGAUGGGGAACCCACCAGCAACUUUAACAGGUACGGUUAAUUUAUCUAUGAAGGUUUUUUCCCUUUCUAAGCUAUAUUUAGUUUUAUGUAAGAAUUGGACGUCAGUGUUUGACAUUGGACAACUGAAAGGCAGGAAAAAUAACUAACUAGGGUUGCAAAUGGAGGGUAUAUUACUGGAAACUUUCUAAGUUUACCAGUAAACUACCAGCAUUUGGUCACUUUUAAGUUUUUAUUUGUAUUUUAUCAGAUGACAUAGUGACCCUUUUGGGUACUUCAGAUUAUCAAACGUGUCUGCAAUUAUCUCUGGCCCUCUGUGUGGCCUUAUCACAUUUAAAAUAUAUAAAAUGAUAAGAUAAGAUUAUUUAAAAAUAAAAAUAGAAUGACAAAGCUGUAAAACAUGAUCCUAAAUAUAAACCAUCAACUUAGUGAAUACCAUUGGUUUCAUCAUGAAAUAUCCUCACUUUUAUUUAUUUUACUAAGUCAAUAUGUCUUUGUUGUAACAGUUUUGUCGCCAAACUGGUGUCAGUUGUGAAAAAAGUCAAUGGUUGGAAGAGUUGCAGUUAAUUGAAACCUAGUCUUGAAAUAUUUAUGGUUGUGAAAUAGUAGUAGUAGUGGUAGUGGUAGUGAUGGCAGUAGUAAUUGUAGUAGUAGUAAUGGUAGUAAUAAGGUUUUCAUAGGCUAUGUGUUAGUUAUAGUGACCUAUUUUGGGGUGGUUUGUUGGUGUGGAGUUAUUAAAGUGGGUUAUAGUGGGUUAGUAUAUUAUGCUAAGGCAAAGGGUAGCUACUUUGAAGAAUCUCAAAUAUAAAAUACAUUUUGAUUUGUUUAACACUUUUUUUGGUUACUACAUGAUUCCAUAUGUGUUAUUUCAUAGUUUUGAUGUCUUCACUAAUAUUCUACAAUGUUGAAAAUAGUCAAAAUAAAGAAAAACCCUUGAAUGAAUAGGUGUGUCCAAACUUUUGACUGGUACUGUACAUGUCAACGCUGGUUUGGUGUUUGUAGCUUUAACAGUUGAAGAGCAGUGACGAAUCCAAAUAUUUCAUAUUCAAUCCUAUUAAGAUUUUAAGUACAUUUAAAAUGGUAAGUCAGAGUGUGAAUUACGUAGGAUCCACUCUGGUUAUAGUUCAGAAAUUAUAAAUGGUAUCAAAAAGCUGUAUACAACAACCUAUUCCAGACUGGUCUGCAUGUUUUAAAGUUUGAGUGGCGUUUCUAGCUUAAACGGUUGAAGGCCUGAAUUUUUCCCAUUUAUGGCAAUUGAAAUGCAUUGGGAUCUAUGCAAAUGUGGUAGCAUAAUUAUUUGUAUUUUGUCUGAAGACAGCCAGCCUGCAUGUUUUAAAGUUGUUUUGGUGUUAGUAGCUUCAACAGUUCAAGAGCAGUGGCGAAAUCAAAUACUUCCCAUUCAGGCCUAUGGAGCUUUUAUGCACAUUUAAAAUGAUUAUAGUUCAAAAAGUAUAAAUGGUAUCAAAAGCUGUAUACAAGAAACCUAUUACAGACCGGUCUGCACGUUUUAAAGUUUGAAUGGCGUUUCUAGCAAACUGUUGAAGACAUUUUCCCAUUCAAUUCAAUGGCCUCUGAAAUGCAUUGAGAUGUAUGCAAAUAUGGUUAUAGUGUUCAAAGUAUUAGUUGUAUGAAAAAAAAAAAUUCAAGCACACUGACCAGUGCCAGCCUGCACGUUUUAAAGUUGUUUUGGUAUUGAGAGCUUUUAGAGUUUUGGCGCUAGAGACUCCAGCGAAAUAAGAAGAAGUAUGAACAGUUUCUAAAGUUUGGCUUUGCUUUCAGCAAGCACACCUAAUAAUGCCAUUGUUGAUUAGAUGCUUUUUUCACUUACCGUUAUGGCCACUAAGGCAAUUAAUUACCUGGGGCCACACAUCAUCAGGGGGCUUCGUGAAAAGAAAAGUCUCAACUUACUGUUGGGAGUUAGAAUAGUAGAAUACACAAGAUUGCAAUUUAGGGAGUUGGUAGUACAUCAGCAGUUUUCCUCUUGUUAUGUCAAUCACUGACAGUCAUUCAAUUAGCCCAUGUCAGCUAACAUUUUAUAGAUUGCCAGGUAAGUUAGUCUAGCCAGUAAUCUAAACCUUGUAGUAAUCAUGGCUGAAUUACCGACAGGGCAGGAAGGGCACCUCCAGGGGGCUCCCCUCUAGCCUUUUGGCUAGUCAACCAGAUAGUAUGAACAUGGCAUAAGUCUAGGCGAAAUGUGUAGAAUUGCAGGAAAUUCGCUUUAAAACUGCAAAAUGUUCUCUCCACCCCAUAGCAAAAUGUGUAAAAUUGCAGGACAUAUGGUUUAUCCACUAGAAACUCAUAGACAAUACAGAGACAUUUCUAGAAAAUUAAUAGGUCUACUAGGCCUACUGUAUACGAAUAUUUUUUUAAAAUUCAAGUAUAAAUUACCAAAGUUACCAUAGAUUGCCUGUUAAUGACGAAAAUUACAGGUAGCUUUGCAACACUAGACCUAACCCACUGAAAUUAAACUUAUUUUCAGAGGGAGAUGUGGAAUGCUUCUCAGAGUACAUGGAGGUGUGGGUCCACAGAAUGAGAAUAGAGGGCUUGAGACUCUGGCUCUCCGGGGCCCUAAGAAUUCAAGGUGACUAUCCCAGUUUAACUAACUAAUAACCUAAUAAUCUACCCAGCUGGCAAAACUGGUUGAAAUUAUGUCAUUGCAACCAUAAACUGGUUGUAAUUAUGUUAUUAUUAUGUCAAUUCAACCAGAUUUGCCCAGUUUUGCUUACUGGGUACCAGCUAUAUUACAGCUUUUUGUGAAGCGUUUCAAAAAUACAUUUUGGCAUUAAGCUACAUCACAUAUUUGUUUCAUUAACAUUUCACAUUUUGAAUUCUACAUGAGCGGUUGUGUCACAAUCAAGAUUAGGCUGCAUUAUUAUGAUUUAUUGCUCUACGUUUGUUUUGUAAUGCCUUUUCAUCCCUUUGUCCUCAGUAGUAAGCCUUGCUUCCUUGGAUCACCUGAACCUCCAGUUUUCUGCAUGUGGAUUCUCACUACACAAAGAUCCUGACAAGAACUACAUCUUUAGAGUUAUGUACAAUGGCUGUUUUGUCCAACAUCAGGUAAGAUAGCAGCAAUGUAAGACUUUGGCUACGUCCUGAUUCUGCACCCUUCUCCUUAUUCACCUUGAGAUGAUCUUGUAAUGAAAAGCUCUUUACAAAUGCACUUGCACACUCCUCGUCAGACAUGAAUUAACAAUGGUGGAAACUCCCUCCAGCCAAUGCUCACAUCAAUGUUUUUACAUUUGUGAUGGGAUUUGUGCAAGAAACAUUGUAGCUAGUAGGCUACCUUUUCCUGACCCAGUAUAACUACUUUUUGUUUUGUGCGAUGGUUGCAUCCUAGCAGCAUGGCAGCAAUGUCCUUGUGCUGAAUUUGGUGAAGAGAAUCAACCGGUUUGGAGAUCGAACGCACAGCUUCAUAAUGAAGUGUCCAAUGGUUCCUGCACCACCCAACAGAGAACACAUUCAGUGUGAUCCAGACGACAUCCAGGUAAAGCUUUACAAUUCAGUGAUGUACAGUAGCAAUAUCUCUGUGGAUUCAAAUAAAGUAUUUAAAGUGUGUGUGUGUGUGUGUGUGUGUGUGUGUGUGUGUGUGUGUGUGUGUGUGUGUGUGGGUGGGUGGGUGGGUGAGUUAUUGGGAUUGGGCAGGGAGGUGGGAGGACUCGUAUCUAAGUUUAUGAUACCUUGAAUAAAAAAGGCACAUUAUCCUGCACCAAAUGCUAUCUUCAUCAAUGAUCAGUGGUGUUGUGACCAUAGCUGAAAAUGACAUACAGUAUUCCCACAGGUGAUCAGACAGAUCCCAUUGGACAGCUGGAACAAUGAGGUAAACAAGUUAUACAUACACUGUACACUGUGUGUGUGUAGUCAUUAAUUUACUGCAUGCAUCAGAUCGUACAAUGUACCAACACUGUGUGUGUAUGCAUGUGUUUGUGUGUGUGUGUGUGUACAUGUUGUGUGUGUGCACACGCUCGCAUUUGUCUGUUUACAGCUUCAAUGGUCUCUUUCCCUGAGGGGUAAUCUAAUUGUAGCCCUUGAGGAUGCUAGCUUGAUCCAGGUGUACACUGACAUGAAUGGACCAAGCAUCAUAGUUCAAGGCAAGAGGAGAGAACUCUUGAAUCCUGUGACGGUAAGUUGCCACAUUGUGGCCAUUCAAGAAAUUACAAUGGAAACCAAUAAUGUUACAACCCCCUAGUGGAACCAGCCUGAUCGCUGUGUUCACCUUUCUGAUUCCACCAAGUUAAUAAUAUUGGUGAACUGUAGAGAAUUCUUUGCAUUUCAACAACGUAUUUGGUCAUCCAUAAAAGUAAAAUACUUAUUGUAGUUCUCAAAUGGAUGGGAAACUUCAGAUUGUUGUAAUUGUUUGUUCUUGGAUUAACUUUAAAUGACAGGUAAUGGAAAGGACAGGGGAAUUUCUUGCCUUGAAGUUGGUCAGUGGACAGUAUGCCUACAGUAUGGAAGCUACCUGUCCAAAUGGUGGGUCACGAAGCAACAGUCAUUUACUUUGUUUAGACAAUCUGGUAUCAGCUUACUUAAGCUACAGCCUAGAACUGUCAGAAGUGUGACAUGAUGCUUGUUAUAAAUUAUGGGCAACACUUUAUUUUAAGGUUAACAUAUUAGCCACUAAUUUGUCAUUUAUAAGUGUGUAUAUAAGUAGCUUAUAAGGCAUUUAUUGUGUCUUAUAUCAAUAAUGCCAUGAUGUAUAACAUUUAAAAGUAGUUUAAAAUAUGUCAGUCAUGUCAGUGUUUUUCACUGUCAUAAACUGUCACAGGCAUGAUAUCAUGAUAGUUAUGCAGUUUGGAUCCCAACAAUUUCAUACAGUUGCAGGCACUAAAACGUUAGGUUGUGCUAUGGUAUUGGCUGAACAAUUGCCACAAUGCAUGUGCAACAAUGCACUCUCUCGUCUCCUAGUGAUAGCUUGCCACAAAAACCCGUACCUGUUUUUUUUCAUGGACUCAAUUUUUAAUGCCUGCAACCACUGAAUUAAAUUGAACACAAAUGUAAUGUUAAUUUCAUGUAACUCUAUGCCCACAACGUAAUGCCACCUCCUCACACACCCUCACUUUUGAUGUCCAUAGUUGUGUCAGUGUCCAGCCCAGCAGCAGAGGACACUAUACUGCACAUUUUUAAACGGCGCAUGGGUUUGACAAAAAGAGGAGGCUAUGAGAGUGACACCCUAACAGUUAGCAGUGUGUCUGUGAAGCAGACAGAGAAGUUCACUGUCCAUGAGACCCAUGACUUUGUCCAACUCAGCAUCGCUACAGCCCUUAUCCUACAGGUCAAGGUAGGUGUUUUUCUGUAAAGUAUUUUUCUGACCAUUUGGUGCAUGCAGUACAAAAAAAUAGAUGUGGUCAUUUAGCAGACGUUUCUAUCCAAAGCGAUUUACAGUUCAUAGUGACGCGUGGUCGAUGUGAGAGUCACACUCACAACCCUGCAUGUACUAGCAUGCACACAAGACUGUAAGUUGCUUUGGAUAAAAGCGUCUGAUAAAUGAUCUAUAUUCUUCUUCUUCUUCUUCUUCUUCUUCUUCUUCUUCUUCUUCUAUUAUGAUUAUGAUUAUGAUUAUGAUUAUUAUUCUUUAACCCACUGAGCCAUAGCAUUUUGACCUACAUGAAUGCAAUUUCUACAGUUAUCAUACAGGCUAUAUACUGUAUACAGUCGUGGUCAAAAGUUUUGAGAAUGACACAAAUAUUAAUUUUCACAAAGUCUGCUGCCUCAGUUUUUAUGAUGGCAAUUUGCAUAUACUCCAGAAUGUUAUGAAGAGUGAUCAGAUGAAUUGCAAUUAAGUCCCUCUUUGCCAUGAAAAUGAACUUAAUCCCCAAAAAACAUUUCCACUGCAUUUCAGCCCUGCCACAAAAGGAUCAGCUGACAUCAUGUCAGUGAUUAUCUCAUUAACACAGGUGAGAGUGUUGACGAGGACAAGGCUGGAGAUCACUCUGUCAAGCUGAUUGAGUUAGAAUAACAGUCUGGAAGCUUUAAAAGGAGGGUGGUGCUUGAAAUCAUUGUUCUUUCUCUGUUAACCAUGGUUACCUGCAAGGAAACACGUGCCGUCAUCAUUGCUUUGCACAAAAAGGGCUUCACAGGCAAGGAUAUUGCUGCUAGUAAGAUUGCACCUAAAUCAACCAUUUAUCGGAUCAUCAAGAACUUCAAGGAGAGAGGUUCAAUUGUUGUGAAGAAGGAUUCAGUGCGCCCAAGAAAGUCCAGCAAGCGCCAGGACCGUCUCCUAAAGUUGAUUCAGCUGCGGGAUCGAGGCACCACCAGUGCAGAGCUUGCUCAGGAAUGGCAGCAGGCAGAUGUGAGUGCAUCUGCACGCACAGUGAGGCGAAGACUUUUGGAGGAUGGCCUGGUGUCAAGAAGGGCAGCGAGGAAGCCACUUCUCUCCAGGAAAAACAUCAGCGACAGACUGAUAUUCUGCAAAAGGUACAGGGAUUGGACUGCUGAGGACUGGGGUAAAGUCAUUUUCUCUGAUGAAUCCCCUUUCCGAUUGUUUGGGGCAUCCGGAAAAAAAGCUUGUCUGGAGAAGACAAGGUGAGCGCUACCAUCAGUUCUGUGUCAUGCCAACAGUAAAGCAUCCUGAGACCAUUCAUGUGUGGGGUUGCUUCUCAGCCAAGGGAGUGGGCUCACUCACAAUUUUGCCUAAGAACACAGCCAUGAAUAUAGAAUGGUACCAACACAUCCUCUGAGAGCAACUUCUCCCAACCAUCCAAGAAUAGUUUGGUGACGAACAAUGCCUUUUCCAGCUUGAUGGAAAGGCAAAAGUGAUAACUAAGUGGCUCGGGGAACAAAACAUUGACAUUUUGGGUCCAUGGCCAGGAAACUCCCCAGACCUUAAUCCCAUUGAGAAUUUGUGGUCAAUCCUCAAGAGGCAGGUGGACAAACAAAAACCCACAAAUUCUGACAAACUCCAAGCAUUGAUUAUUUUGGCCCAGAAGUUAAUUGACAGCAUGCCAGGGUGGAUUGCAGAGGUCUUGAAAAAGAAGGGUCAACACUGCAAAUAUUGACUCUUUGCAUAAACUUAAUGUAAUUGGCAAUAAAAGCCUUUGACACUUAUGGAAUGCUUAUAAUUAUACUUCAGUAUACCAUAGUAACAUCUGACAAAAAUAUCUAAAAACACUGAAGCAGCAAACUUUGUGAAGACCAAUACUUGUGUCAUUCUCAAAAAUUUUGACCACGACUGUACAUUCGGAAAGUAUUCAGACCCCUUGACUUUUUCCACAUUUUGCUACGUUACAGCCUUAUUCUAAAAUUGAUUAAAUUGUUUUUUUCCCCCCUCAUCAAUCUACACAAAAUACCCAAUAAUGACAAAGCAAAAACAGAUUUUUAGAACAUUUUGCAAAUGUAUUAAAAAUAAAAAAUGGAAAUAUCACAUUUACAUAAGUAUUCAGACCCUUUACUCAAUACUUUGUUGAAGCACCUUUGGCAGCGAUUACAGCCUCGCGUCUUCUUGGCACACCUGUGUUUGGGGAGUUUCUUCCAUUCGUCUCUGCAGAUCCUCUAAAGCUCUGUCAGGUUGGAUGGGGAGCGUCGGUGCACAGCUAUUUUCAGGUCUCUUCAGAGAUGUUCGAUCGGGUUCAAGUCCGGGCUCUGGCUGUGCCACUCAAGGACAUUCAGAGACUUGUCCCGAAGCCACUCUUGCGUUGUCUUGGCUGUGUGCUUAGGGUCGUUGUCCUGUUGGAAGGUGAACCUUCGCCCCAGUCUGAGGUCCUGAGCGCUCUGGAGCAGGCUUUCAUCAAGGAUCACUCUGUACUUUGCUCUGUUCAUCUUUACCUCGAUCCUGACUAGUCUCCCAGUCCCUGCCGCUGAAAAACAUCCCCACAGCAUGAUGCUGCCACCAUGCUUCACCGUAGGGAUGGUGCCAGGUUUCCUCCAGACGUGACGCUUGGCAUUCAGGCGAAAGAGCUCAAUCUUGGUUUCAUCAGACCAGAGAAUCUUGUUUCUCAUGGUCUGAGAGUCCUUUAGGUGCCUUUUGGCAAACUCCAAGCGGGCUGUCAUGUGCCUUUUACUGAGUAGUGGCUUCCAUCUGGCCACUCUACCAUAAAGGCCUGAUUGGUGAAGUGCUGCAGAGAUGGUUGUCCUUCUGGAAGGUUCUCCCAUCUCCACAGAGGAACUCCGGAGCUCUGCCAGAGUGACCAUCGGGUUCUUGGUCACGUUCCUGACCAAGGCCCUUCUCCCCCGAUUGCUCAGUUUGGCCGAGCGGACAGCUCUAGGAAGAGUCUUGGUGGUUCCAAACUUCUUCCAUUUAAGAAUGAUGGAGGCCACUGUGUUCUUGGGGACCUUCAAUGUGCAGAAAUGUUUUGGUACCCUUCCCCAGAUCUGUGCCUCGACAUAAUCCUGUCUCGGAGCUCUACGGACAAUUCCUUCGACCUCAUGGCUUGGUUUUUGCUCUAACAUGCACUGUAAACUGUAGGACCUUAUAUAGACAGGUGUGUGUCUUUCCAAUCAAUUGAAUUUACCACAGGUGGACUCCAAUCAAAAAAAGUUGUAGAAAUAUCUCAAGGAUGUUCAAUGGAAACAGGAUGCACCUGAGCUCAAUUUCGAGUCUCAUAGCAAAGGGUCUGAAUACUUAUGUAAAUAAGUUAUUUCAGUUUUUUAUUUGUAAUAAAUUAGCAAACAUUUAUAAAAACCUGUCAUUAUGUGGUAUUGUGUGUAGAUUGAUGAGAAAAAAUAAUUUUUAAUGUGGAAAAAGGGAAGGGGUCUGAAUACUUUCCGAAUGCACUGUAUAUAAUCAAGUUGUCUUUUACAGAACUGCCCCACUGAUGAGGGGAUUGCACAGCCGUUCUAUAGGGUAGACGUUGUGCUCACGUUUAAGGAGACUAACCACAAAAUGUACUGGACUAUGGAGAACACUCUGCCAUGCACAGGUGAGGGGUGUGCUCAGUAACAAUGAAACAUUAUGAUCAACAUUAAGCUUUUGAUGUAACGCUCACAAAAAAUAGUAUGAAAUAUGCAGCAUCAACGAAAAGCACAAUAUAAUUUCACUCUUAAAAGCUACAGCAGCCCGGCCACUUGUUUUGGUAUACAGCUGAGGAAUGGAGCUGGGAUAAUGUAACCCCUUUCAAAUAUCAUCCAUUUGAUAGUUUUAACAUAUUUUGAAGCUAUACAUUCUUUGUUUACAUUGUUGUUUGCAAACAAUGGAGUAAUACAACUUUAUAUUUUGGGUUAUGAUAGGGUAAGACAGUUGUGCUAAACUCAUGAGGCAUUUAAAAGUUAUAUUCUUCAAGAAUAAAUAUCAAUCAUUUAAAUGAUUAUUGAACAGAUUCCUUUUAUCGCAGACUGUACCUUUAAAGUGUCCUUUUGUAGCUAAUGUUUUUAAUUCUGCCUUUUUGCAGAGUCCCCCAGACUGCUAUCAAUCUCACCAAUAUAUUAUCAUACUUCAACAACAUCGGACCCUAUUUUGACAUACACUACAUCAACCCCUGCUUCCUAUACCACAGUGCCCUUUAGCUCGUACUCAACAAUGGACCAACAGUUUCUAUCAACAGAGAAAUCUCAGGAGGGCCCCUCCACCUUCCCAAAAACGACAUCAAUUGAGAGGACUCAGGCUGAAGAAACAGGAAGAAAUACAUCACCCACCAGUUCCUCACAUACACAGACCUCUGGUCCCAUUAUCUACUGGAGUAAUGUGACAUCAAUGACUCCAAGUACAACAAACAAAGCAACAAAGGACAAAUACCAACAGACAAGCACUAUAAGUGAAGCAACACAAGUGGAAUUUCAAGGUACGACUGCUACAAGUGCAACAGUGCAAGUGGAAUUCCAAGGUACAACCGUUACAAGUGAAACAGCACUGGUAGAAUUCCAAGGACCAACGUCUACAACUGACACAAUACAGUCGAGAUUCCAAGGAACAAGCGGUUCAAGUGAAACAGUGCAAGAGGAAUUCCAAGCAACAACCAUCGCAAGUGGAACGAUGCAUGUAGAAUUCCAAGAAACAACCAUUACAAGUGAAACAGCACGGGUAGAAUUCCAAGGAACAACCACUACAAGUGAAACAGCA